AAAAGUGACGGGGGGGUUGGGGGUUGGCACAGCGAAUUGCUUGGUUUCAGAGUGAAGGAAGAUUGCAUUGCCAACCGAAGAUGGCAAAAGGAGACACUGGUGUGCGAUGCUUUCAGGGCUUAUUAAUCCUGGGAAAUGUUGUCAUAGGGUGUUGUGGCCUUGCGCUCAUGGCUGAAUGUAUAUUCUUUGUGUCUGAUCAACACUCUCUAUAUCCAUUGCUGGAAGCUACGGACAAUGAUGAUAUCUAUGGUGCUGCCUGGAUUGGGAUCUUCACUGGUUUCUGUUUCUUUUGUCUAUCUGUUCUUGGUAUUGUUGGUGUCAUAAAGUCAAGCAGGACAAUGCUAUUAGUGUACAUCAUCCUGAUGAUGAUCGUCUUUGCCUUUGAAGUAGCCUCUAGCAUCACAGCAACAGUGCAUCGGGAUUUCCUUACAAAUGAACUUUUCUUGAAGCAAAUGUUGGAAAAAUACCAGAAUCCAGACCCAAUCAACAAUGAUGACAAAUGGAAGAGUGAAGGUAUUACCCGGACAUGGAAUCGUCUCAUGUUGCAGAAUAAAUGCUGUGGUGUGAAUGGCCCAACCGACUGGCAAACAUAUACCUCCGUUUUUCGGACAGUGAACAGUGACACAGAUUUUCCCUGGCCACGACAGUGCUGUGUUAUGGAUCUCCUAGGAAAAGCAACUAACUUGGAUGGCUGCAAAUUAGGGGUGCCUGGCUAUUACCAUACGACAGGCUGCUAUGAAACUAUUGCUGGCCCCAUGAACAGACACGCCUGGGGCGUUGCCUGGUUUGGAUUUGCCAUUCUGUGCUGGACUACUUGGGUCCUUCUUUGUACAAUGUUCUACUGGAGCAGAAUUGAAUAUUAAAGAUAUAAUGGCCUCGCAGUCUGUUCUUCCUGCUUUUUUCCACAAAUCUACAGUAUAUAUAGUUUUUUUCCCGUCCCUUCUUCUGUUCAGUUAUGACCAUUUCUCAGAGACUACCUGGAUAAGUCCCUGAAGUUUUCUUGGCAAGGUUUUUCAGAAGUGGUUUGCCUUUGCCUCUUUUUUAGGGUGGAGAGAAAGUGACUGGCCCGAAGUCACCAACUGGCUUUGUUUCCAUGUUGGUAGCCUGAUGCCUUAACUACUACACUAAACUUGGCACUCACAAAUAGUUCAUAUCUAUAUAAUUUCUCUCUGUGGAACUUCUCAAGAUGUCCCUUUAAUCUUUGCCUAUCUUCUCCCAUUGCCUUAAUUUCAGACAUUGUAGCAAUAGUAAUCACAAAGACUGGACUAUUCUAGCUGUAACUAUUCUGUAACAAUCAAGGACAUGCUAAAACAUAGAAAAUGGAGGUAGAGUCCCCGGUGCUCUCUUGUUUGUUUGUUUGUUUGCCAAUUACUCCACCAGGUAACAUCAUCUGUGCCAAUGACUGUUGGAUUUGCUCCCUGUUUACAUACAGCAUCUUGCCCUGACUGUAUUAGUGAAACUGUGUUUUUUUCUUUGGUAGUUACUCUAUUAGUUCCUUGAUUAGAUACAUAGAGAUAAGCUACUUUUAUAUAUCAUUCAAAAGAGACAAUUAAAAAACUAAGAAGGAAACGAAAAGACCAGAACACAUCAUCUCUAGCAUCCAAAACCCAAUAAACAGGGAUUAAUACCAGACAAACAAUGAAGCAGAAAACCAUCUGCUCCUUCACUCAAGGAGAAGACCACAGCCCUACCAACACUGGCAGGGCAAGCUACUACGGUAUAUAUAAACUUAUGGUGUUACCUAUUUGGCUAAUGAACCAACAGCAAGCAAGCAACUUGCCCAGACAACACCAGUUCAAGCCUGAGCUACAUUUAUUCUCUUUUAUUGGAAAUGGCUAUUUUAAGAAAAUAAGAAAGUAUUGAACCAGUUGUUUGGAGUGAUUAUCUAGGGUUUUUUGCAGUAUUUUUUGGCUACCUCUGAUUACUGGUAUACACAUACAAUCCUCAAUUUACCAAUGUUUGAUAUGAUUCCUAAGUUAUUUACAAGAGAGAAUGACUUCUUAAAAGAACCAAACAUAGAAGAACAAUUAUACUUGAAAACACAUUGAAUGCAAGAGAUACCCUAACAUUUUCCUUGGAUCUUGAAUUAAAUAUAUUUUAUUAGAAUUCACAAUGAGAUCAUGUUUAUUAUUUUAAUAUGAAUGUCUAAUAUAUAGAUGACCAACCAAUUACACAAUCCAUCUUUUGUUAACAUAUCAAACUGUAAACUUUGUUGUGAUAGUGUAUGCCUUGUACAGAGAAUUGUAAGAUGCAAAUGAUUUUCCAUGAAAUGUAAGCCCCAAAAAGCAAUACAUUUUCUGUAUAUUUUAUUCCUGUUCAAAUCUUUAUUAAUAAACUGUGUUUUUUAAAUAAAA